AUGUCGCUUGAGCGUGGCAAGCAGCAAGAGACUUGGAACGAGGCCUGCCUGGGCCUCAACCUGCUGCGCCGCUUGAUCGUGCGAGCUCCCGAAGUGCUGUCAUCGCAGAUGCGCGAGACGGUCGAUGCUACCCUCACGCAAAUAGGCAAUCUGCGUUCGUCCGUGUCCCGCUUGGCCAUUCUCAUGAUGGGUGAUCUUUUUGCGGAGCUCACCCGACCCAUGGAAAAGUACAUUGACAAGGUGAUUGCAACGCUGCAAAAGAAGGUCGGCGCCGAAGCCUCGAGCUUCAUCCGUGAGGAUGUCACGCGCGUGCUCGGGGUGAUCUUAUACACGGCCAACCCCAUCAAAUCGCUGGGGGCGCUGCUUUCAUCGGCAGAAAGCAAGAACAAAGACGUUCGCACCAUUGCGGUGCAAUUUAUGUGCGAGGCCGUUGGUCGCAUUGGCGAUCGAGUGCUGGACAUUCGCGACGCCGAUCGUCUUCUAAAAAUGAUGGCCCAAUUUGUCCAGGACUCAGCCCCGGAAGUGCGCCAACAUGCCAGGCGCGUCCUCUUCCUCCUAGUACAGCUGGAUAACUUUGACGCCAUAGUGGCCAAAACGCUGACAGGCACAGCGCUGCGCGACAUGCAGGCGGCUGCCGAAUCCCUGCGUAAGCGGGGCUUGGAUCAGACGGUGCGAUCUGGGGCUGCGGUUGGGGCAUCCACGACGCGUGGGCGAUCUUCGGCGACGCGUGGAGCAAAGACCAAGUCUUCUGCUGCUGUUGGAGGCGGAAGCGCGGCCGUGAAGGAGAUUCAAGAGGCAUUCAAGCAGAAGGAUUUUCGCGUGCGUGAUGAAGCCAUCGACCAGUUGGUUGCCUUGGCCGAGAGCAAGCCAGCACUAUUCCUUGGUGAUGCCGUAAACGCCUUCUUUGACUUUGCCCCUCUGCUCACGGACGUCAACAGCAAGGUGAAUUUGCACUCAAUCGAGGCCUUGGGCCGCCUGGUCCCCGCGCUGGGCUCGGCGCUUGAGCCAGUCCUGCCCGAGUUGAUGCCUGCGCUGGCGCACAACUUUGCAAGCAAAAACGGAUCCAUUCAGUCUGCCGCGAACGAAGCCAUGGCGACUUGUUGCUCAUGCAUCGAACCCGCCAGCUUGAUUCCAGCACUCGGCACGACGAUGAAAAAGGGCAACCCUGUUGUGCAAGAGGCGCUGUUGCCGUUUGUGGCGCUCGCAGCCGAGGCUAGCGCAGCCGACGCCAAGGCAUGUCGCCAAUUAAGCAAGCAUUUAGUUCGGACAUUGGUGCGUGCCUCUGAGGAUCAACGUCUCGCCGCACAACUUGGUUUGGUGUGGCAGGCCUUGUAUUCAGCACUGGGCCAGGACCUGAUAUCGCAUGCGGCCAUGACUGACAAGGUGCGCGCGAUGAUCAACUGAGCAGAGACCCAAAACGACGG